UCCUGUCUUUCUGCUUUGCUUCUUUUGUUACGUUGCGACCACGUUGGUUUUUGGUUUAUAGUCCAUUAGGUGUUUUACUGUUUUUUCAAUCAUGAGUCACGUCCUAAUAAGAUGGCUAAAUACGGGCAGGACCCGCCUUUUUGACGUUGUGAGCAUAAGGGACAUCGUUGACACAAAAAUCGGGGCGCUUAUAAUUCACAAUAGCAAAGAUCCAAGCGUGUUUGCAACCGACGUACUGAUACGUUGGAAGGGCGAGAAACACCCGGCAAGGAUCGAGGCUGUCGGGAGCGCCGCACAAAUGGAGAAGCGGUGUCAGCAAAUAACGAAAAACAAGGAGGUGAAAGAAGCGUCUUCUAAUGGGGCGUCGGAAGACGGCGACCAGUUGGAAACUUGCAAGCACUGCGAAGUACUGGAGGUAGAGAACAACUCAUUGAAGAGUCACAUGCACGAGCUUCAGGAAGAGAACAACAAACUGAAGACUACCAUCGACUACAUAACCUCACAAAAAGAUGGGAUUGAAGAUCUGCAAACUGCUGCUAGCGAACUGCUUCGGUUCCGGGAGGAGCUCCAGCAAGACAGGGCAGCAAGAAAUUUCGAAAAAGCUGAACAGUCUGCAAACGCUUGUCAGCAGGAAGACGACGAGCAGGUUGACCUGGGAGGAUAUAAAGUCAACAAGGCCGUGAUUGACAUGCUUCAGCUAGGACCGGCGAAAACAGCAACGACUUAUGCUCGAGAACUCCUCAGGCAGGUGUUCACCACAGAAGAGCUGCUGGGGAAAUCAAUAACAGGAAAGCAGUCCAACGCCCACAAAGAGAAGGAGGCAAGGCCGCAAUUGGACCCUGUUAGGGUCAACGCAGUUGUCAAAUACACCUGCAAGAAAUUUCACCUUUUGAAAGAAACCACAGUGCGGUCGUCACUGUCGUCUAUGCUAAACAAGACGAAGGAGUCCAGCCCUGAGUAAAUCCACAUCAUGAGAGCUUUGACUGCUUUCAAGAAA